AUGGGGGAGGGGGCGCAGGCUCCAGGCCCAGGGUCCCCCUCACGUAAGGCAGUCCAAACCCAGGUUGUCUUCAACAGGUCCCGCCUGCCCAUGGCCCUGAAUGACACGGGAAGCGCCUUGUCGGCCGAGCUCCAGGGCCACCGUCUGUUGGCUGUGGCUUAUGGCGUGGUCUUUGCAGUGGGCCUGGCUGAGAACGUGGCGGCCGGGAGCCUCCUCCUGGCCAGGCUGCGCCGCUCCAGCCCCUCUGCUGUGCUCCUGCUGAGCAUGACCGCAGGCGGUGCCACCUUCGCGGGCGCCCUGCCCCUGAGGGUCCACUACCAUCUGUGUGGGGGCGACUGGCGCUUUGGGGAGCUGGCGUGCCGGCUGAGCGGCGGCCUCUACUGGGCCUUCACCUUCCUCAGCGCCGCCUCUCUCUUCUGCCUCUGCCUGGACUGCCACCUGGCCCUGGCACACCCCUUCAGCCGCCUGCGCCUGCGCCGGGGCCACUGGGCUGCGGGGAGCCUGCUGCUGUGGGGGCUGGCCGUGAGCGUGGCCACCCCCCUGGCCCCGCCAGCCCCCCUGAGUCGGACUGGCCCCAACAACCGCACCUGGUGCUUGGAGACUCCUGCGGAGGAGGCGGGGUCCAGGCCUCACGGCGCCUAUGCCCAGGUGGUGGGCCUCCUGGCGCCAUGUGCCCUCGUCCUGGGGGGCUGCCCGCUGCUGGCCUGGCGCAUGGCCUCUGGCCGCAGGACGCGACGCUGCCGGAGGGCCCUCAGGACCCUCUGCUUCAGCAUGCUGGUGUGCGCACUCUGCUUCCUGCCCUUCGCCCUCACCCGCCUGCUGCCCCGCUUCAGCCGCCUCGGCUACCUGCGCCCGGCGGUGCUGCUGCUGGUCAGCCUGGGCUCCUGCCUCAGCCCCCUCCUCGGCCUUCCCUGGCUGUGUCGGGCUGGCCGCAGGUUCUGGGCUCGCCUCUGCCCCUUCAGACCCAAGAUAUACACCAUCUACGACGGCAGGCUGGGCAGGAGCGGCCAGCUGGGGAACGCUGGAGAGAGCCAGGCUGGAGGAGCAGGCCUGUGUCCCCAGGAGGCCCCCCCGGACCCUCUAUCACCUACAGGAGCUCAGGACACAUGA